UGUUAAACCUGGACCAGCGCCCAACUCCCUAUUUUGGAGGCCCAUAAAAGAUAACUUCAUCAAUUUGGAAUCACCGAUCAAUCCGUUGAUUAGACGAUUACUAGACGAUUACUAGGAGAGUAGCAGGGAGUGAGGGACGAUUACGACGCAGAUACACCGAUCAAUCCGUUGGGAAACAAAUGUGAAUUCUGUACCAAAGGCAUGAAGAAAUCCAAGCAAGCAAAAGCAUCAGAACCUAACGAUGGGGUUGAUAUGUUCAGUAAACUGCCAGAUCAUAUUCUUAACUUGAUCCUUUCGGGUCUUCCAAGUACUGAAGAAGUAAUUCGAACCAGCAUCUUGUCGACACGAUGGAGAUACUUAUGGACUUCAGUUCCCUCUAUAGACAUAGAUUAUCUUCGAGGACUUACAUCCCAGAAGAAAUUCAAAAAAAGAAAAUUCAAAGAGUUUGUGUAUUCAGUUUUAUUAAAGAAUUCACUGGAUCUGGAUAGUUUUCGUUUAUGUUGUGCGAAUGACUACAGUAUGUCAACAGUAAGGCAGUGGAUUGAAGCUGCAGUUGGGAGAAAGGUCAAAGUAGUUGACUUGAUAUUUCGGCCUAGGGAGCAGUAUAAGGAUGCUCAUACCAUCCAUCCCGAUCAUUGGAUAAAUAGGUGGGACUUUGAGGAUAUCAAGCUUCCCCUUUCUCUAGUGAGUUGCGGUUCCUUGGAGGUAUUAAGGUUGUUUUUGUUCGGACGUGGUUUACGUUUGCCUAAGUUGACAGGGUUUCUGACACUCAGGGUUCUUGAGUUAAACGCUGUUGAGUUUGCAUGCGAGGAUGAAAAGUUAGAACUUUUUUUUAAAAGUCUCUCGUUGCUUGAGGAAUUGAGUUUGAUACACUGCUUGAUAGAUGAACAUGAUGUUGUUAGUAUUUCAUGCCCGAACCUCAAGAACCUGAGAAUUGUUAACCAGAAAAUGAUACGAUUUGAGCAAUGGGAUGGAGAAGAAGAAGAACUUGAGUCAAUGUGUCCUGAGGUUCGGAUUUGUUGCCCAAAACUGGUGUUUUUGGAGCUUAUAGGUCGUAUAGCUUUGAAUUUUUUCUUUGAAAGUCUAGAUUGCUUGAAGAAAGCUAUGAUUCAUGCCGAAAGUAUAAAUCCCGAAGGAUUAUCGUUGUCUAGAAUUUCUCAUGUGGAAUAUUUGUCGCUCAACCUUUACAUCGUUCUACGGUGCCUGUCACAAGUAGAUGUCUGGACAUCUCUACCUAAUCUCAAGACUUUGGAGCUAACAAUUGAUGACUAUGCCCCAGUUGCAUUGACAAAUGAGAUGCAAAUAUUUGAGCGGGAAUACUGGAAUCUAGAAAAAGCUGCAGCAAUGAAAAUCUUGGCUCGUAAGGUGAGAAAGGUGGAGUUUGUUGAAUUCGAUGGACUAGAGUGGGAACUAAAUGUAGCACGAUGCUUACUUGAGCAUGGGAAUGCACUGGAGGAAAUGGUUUUCAUUUGGGAUAACAAAGACAUGUACAUACAUGAGAAUUCAAUGGAGGCUAUGAAGAAAGUUUCAAAUUUUCACAAGGCUUCCUCAACUGUCAAACUGAUCAACUCUCCCAAGUCUUCCUAACUUGUUAAACUGUAAGCCGUAACUAAAUUUCAUUUUGUCUCAUGUGGAUGCCUUUUGGAUUUGGAGAUUUGUGGUACCCCGCUUCAUGUUGUUUCAUUUUCAAUUAUUAUUAGAAAAUAUGUGUGUGUUCUUUUCUGUAAUUAAA